AUGGAGCUGGACGAAGCCUUCUUGAACAUAGUAACUGGAUCAUCUGGCUCCAUUCACAGCUCCUCAGAUCUCAGCUUCUACGGUGGAGAUGAUCAUGAAACCGAUUUAGAAGAUCCCUUUUGUAGCUUAAAAAUUAAUUGCCCUCUAAUGCAGCUUGGUACUGGCAGCUACGGUAGUCCAUCUCAUUCUCUCGACCCGGAAAGUUGGUCACCAAAACAUCUUCAUCUGAAAUCCUAUGGCUGUCAUCAUUUACCUUCUCAAGAGAUGGCCUACUGCCAGACUGACCCGAAUCGGUUGGUGCCAAAUAGCCGGAUCCAACUUGACAAUCCAAGUUACUGUCCUCAAAGUGAGACUGGUACUUGGUUGGAUGGGCAGUGUGUGAAUAAUAAAGGCAAGGCGAGACCAUAUUAUCCUGCUAUGAGUAUGUCGCAUCCACUACCAGCACCGAGUCAACUUAUUAACCGUUCACAAAUCAUGGACAGGAAUGACGAUUUUGCUGAUAUGGCAUAA